GUUGCUUAAGUUUGGGGCUGAAGAAGCGAGGUUUUCUGUGGUGGACGGGAGUGAGGCAGGAAGCCAUCGGCCCCCCCACCUCAACUAGGCUACAAUGGGACACUUAUUCUCCAAGAAGCCCAGCAAAGUGACAGAACACGACAAGGCUGUGCUUCAACUGAAAACAACUAGGGAUAAGAUACGUCAGUACCAGAAGCGUUCAGAAGCAACUCUUCAGAAGGACAGAGAACUUGCCAAGAAACUUCUCUCUGAUGGUAGAAAAGAUCGGGCAUUACUACUACUGCGCAAGAAGAAAUUUGUUGAGGGGCAGCUAAUAAAGACGGAUGGAACAUUAGAGAAUAUAGAGAGAAUGAUUCAGGAUAUAGAAUUUUCUCAGAUACAAUUACAGGUGGUUGACAGUCUAAAGAUAGGCAACGAAUCACUGAAGCAGAUUAAUGCGGUGCUCAGUAUUGAAGAUGUUGAGCGUAUCUUGGAUGAGACGCAGGAGGCAGUAGAGAAGCAGCGGGAGAUUGAUGCUCUGCUGAGUGGUGGGCUGCUAACUGAGGAGGAUGAGAUGGCUGUGGAGGAAGAACUGGAUGCCAUUAUUGCUGAUGCUCUUCAGAAGCAGCUACCCGAGGCUCCCACUGCAGCUGAAACUCCAGAGGUCGUACUUCCCGAUGUUCCUGAAAUUCUUCCAGAACCAAAGAAAGAAAAAGAAUCGCGAAAAGAAAAAGUUGCCUUGGCUGCAUCAUAAUGAUCGGUGUAUGGACCUUCUGCUUCAUACAAGCUUCUUGUGGCAUUGUCUUCCUCAGACUCUCGUGGUGUCUGCUUGUACAAGACACUGGUAUGUUGGCAAACUUUUAACUAUUCAUUGUAAAUGUUCUUUUUCUUAAAAAAAAUUAUAUUCACUGAUAUAUAUAAUGUUGAAAAGUUUAGUCAAUGUCAUAAUCAAGUUUAUAACAAAAAUGAAUAGUCAGAAUAUAUAGUGCCAGUAUUUACAUAAAUGAUAAUCGUGAGGAGGAAGUUUCCCCAUAACAUACGAGGUAUUAUAUGCUAUGUUAUUUAAUACAUAUAACAUGUCGCUGUAAUUACUUUUCCAUGAAAAAACAAAAUUGGAAACUUAAUUUUUUUUUUUUAAUUGAUGUUUAGUUUUAAAUACAAAUUUGUUGAGAAUGAGGCAAUAAGGCCUGAAUAAGCAUAUUUUACUAAUGCAUUUGAAGCUUAACUAUUUUGACCAAAAGUAUUUUAAGAACUACAAUAGUUUGCUUGAAAACUUUUACAAGUUCAAACUGUUGAAUGUCUAGUGUGAGGUGUGUUAACUAUGUAAAUCAUAUACUGUAUCUUAAAGGUGCUUAUAAAAAAAAAAUUAAAUCUUCAACAGGGAUCCACUGGAGAUAGGUUUAAAGGAUGUAUUCUUAAGUAAUCUAAAACUCAUCACUUGAAUUACUUGAGAACUGCCAUAGGCAACUAUUUUAGCAUGUCAGUGCCUCCUAGUGGACAGUAGAGUCCUGUAUAUUAAUUUCGGUUUCAUUCGUGUUUGAAUUCAUCGCGAUCACAGAGCUGCCAAUUAUUUUGGAAGCAAUAUCUUUCAAAGUUAUGAUGUGAAGCUUUUAUCAUAGGCCUGCAAAAGCUGUUCCUAACUACUUUCGUGUGACUCUGGCCUAUUUAUAACCCAGAGGCCUUGGCGGAAGUUGAGGAAGCCUGUUGUCACUAUUCCUAGUAGAUGUGGACAGUUUGUCCUUUAUUGCUCUUUUUAUCCAUUCACUAAUAAUUGUGACAUAUACAGAGUCUACAGCUGCCAUGCGAGGUCCCUGGGCCACUCUUAUUUUGUAGAUGGGUUGCCACUUCACUGAAUUGUGGGAGACUUGGGGGCAAGGGUUUUAUCUCGGGAUAGGGAAUUACACAAGAUUACUGCAAUAAGUGCCUAUUGGAAUGCUAUAUAAUAUGUGUAGAAGCAGUAUUGUUCAAGGGGUUGAUAACCUAGUAAUAAAUUUCUCGGUAGUUCAUAAUUAAUGGCUAAAUUAUGGGAGUAAUUUGUGUAUUCUGGUCAUACACUGACACAAGAUUCCUUUAGGCAUUUACAAUGAUGGCUUCAGUUACUGCUUUCUCUACGUGGAUAUCUUUGUACCUUUGAAAGGCAGAUGUACAAUUACCAAUAUAAAUUUUGUAUGUCGAGACUGAGAAAAUUUCCACUUUGCUUUGUAUGUGAUCUCUUCUUGUGUAAUUGUGUGUAUUCUAAUCAAAAUUUUUGCGUGCUAUUUUUAUCAAGUAAAAAUACGUCCAGUGUUGUAGAUUGUAAAAUACAAUCAGUCAUUCUAGUCUUUAAGUGUGGACACUUUUGUAUGGAAGAUGUUCUUUACUACAAUAAAUGUGAUAUAUUUGUAUGGGCUAUCAAGAAUAAAUAAUGUUAAAUCUU